ACUAUUGCUGCUGCUGCUGCUGCACCGACUUCUGCCAUUAGUAUUGCUGCUACAGACACCAGUGACAGACGGGGCGUUCUUAUUCUCAAAGUGACUUGGAAGAUGAGGGCUGCCAUCUCACUGCUGGUGCUGCUGCUCUCCAUGUGUGGAGUCCAGACAGACGUCUCUACUGAGCUGAAGGAACUCAGAGACAUGGUGGUGGAGCUGAAAGGAAGGCUUGUGGCCAGUGAGAGUAAGGUGGAGGCUCUGGAGAAUGAGAUCAAAGCAGCACCCAAGGUGGCCUUCUCAGCAGGUCUGAGGGAAUCUGGAUAUGGAUCCACAGAGUCUGGGGAUAAUGACCUGAACUUGGUGUUCAGUAGAGUCAUCACCAAUGUAGGAGAGGCCUACAGCAGCACAACUGGCUUCUUCACAGCUCCAGUCAAGGGGGUCUACUACUUCAGAUUCACUGUUAUGGAUUAUCUGGACAAACGCUGGGUACAGAUCAGGAUGCAUAAGAAUGGAAAGCAGCAGCUCAUGUGGCUGGCUGAGCAUGACACUGAUGGAAUGGCCUCCUAUCUGUCCAGUGGCCUGACUCUGCAGCUGGAGCAGUUAGACACAGUAAACAUGCUGCUACCAGCAAGCUACAGGCUCAAUGAUGAUAGUGAUUAUAGCCACUGCACCUUCAGUGGCUUCCUGCUCUUCCCUCUCUGAACGCCACAACAACAAAUAUAAUCAUUUUAUGUAAUCAAAUUAAAUA